GCCAACGCCAGUGACGCAGUGGGCUCACCGUUCGAUACACAUCGCGAGGGAUAUGGCGUGUCAAGAUACAGGAAAUGACGACAAGAGGGAGUAGGAGCAGCGUCUAGAGUCAACAUGGCUGGCGUUCAAUACAAGUUGUUACUUUGGGUUUGUGGGGGAGGCGCCAGGCUCGCAGGGACAGACAAUAAUGAUUUGGACUGCGACGGACUGUGGCGGCUGUACUUCGUACCCAGUGAAGAUGGACAGCCUCUUGUGCCAGGGUCGCUCCAUCCGAGAGCCACGUCAAAGAGCAGGGCAGAGAAGACGGUACCGUACAUCGCUUUCGACACAGGGAGAGGCCCUGCCCUAGCAGCUUCUCGCGGCGCGUGUCAAGUCAAGAGCACUACUCAGCCGCGUGUUGCUGACCUACCUCUCUACGGCGUGGGAUCUCGUGUCGUGCAAUCGCUACCUGCGAGAGCAUGCUGCCAAAGUUUGAGUCGUAUCCAUUGCGAUACGGGCUGGACCGGGCUGUGCUCACGGCGGCUAGCAGCAGUCAAAGGUUGCCAUGCGAGGAGCGUCUGUCUGUAUAGACUCAGAAGCUGGUGUACCUUACGCCCGCCCGGCCAGGGAGGGUCCGCGGGUGCUGAUUCGCCUGCGUGUCGGAGGCGGAGGAUCCACAGGGUUGGCAGUAAUGUUUGCGUAUUACAGAAUAAUACAUUACGAGUGCCCGGGUUGUCUUGGAGGUGUCUUUUUUCCACGACGGCGGCCGCUUGGGGGUUCGGUUGGUACAGUACAGUACAGUAGGGUGGGUGCUGACGCGGGCUCGGCGCUCGUCCCCCCGGCCUUCAGCAGCACAAACCUCGACCCUCGUCGACCACCAACUCACAGCCCGCAGUGCAGAUCUCCAAGAUGCAUCCCUGCGCUCGCUGAGUCUUAUCAUCAACGCUGUGCAGCCGUCC